CAGCUCCAUCAGACCUGUUCCCAGUGCCCCAUCGGUCGGUUCAGUUUCAGCCAGAGAGAAACGAGAAACGUUGCCAGCCGUAAAGUCAGCGGGCCGCGGACAACGAUUUCAAACAACAAGCAUUCGACACAACACCAGCAACGCAGUCCACCAGCAACUCGCAACAUUGGGCGAAGAAGACCUGCAACAACAUUGGAUUGGCAGUCGGGGAUCGCAUCGGCGACACAGUGUUUAGUGGCCUCUUCUUUGGAUGCGAUAUAUGAUUUUUUGUGAUUUUUGUGAUCAGUGAUCCGGCGAUCGAUACCAGUCCAAUACCGAAACCGAUUCCGAAACAGAAUCCGAAUCUAAAACCGAGUUCCAGUUCUUCGCGAGAAUCGCGCGUUAAUUGAGCUGUACGUACAGCUGUAGUACAAAUUUGCAUAACCAGCGACGACGACGAGGCAGAAGGGGAUAUGGCCAUAAACAAAUCUGGCCGGAGCUGAGCGGAGCGUCUUGGUUCACUGAUUUAAUGCCACAAACAGAUUGCAGAUUGUAGCUGUUGCAGUUUCUGUUGCUGUUGCUGUUGCAGCCGCGCCCCUUCUUCAGCUGCAACUCCAGGCAAGAAACCACCUUCACCUCCACCUCGAACUCCACAUCUCUCCUGGGCUGCCUGGUCAACCUGCUUGGAAGCUUGUUUCUGCGGAAGAGCUGCCGCCGGAGCGCCAGACCCGGCAAACAAAAAAUCCAGCUAAAAAAAAAAAAAAAGAAAAUUAAACACAACAUACACACAGAAGAACGCUGCCGCGUUGUCCGUCGUCUUUGGAAUUUUUCUUUAAAAACAACGCGCUAAGAUUUACAACGCGCGGACCCUGGCAAAAAGUGUAAGAGGCAAGCAAAUGCAGCCGCUUAAGAAAAAAAAUUAGCGCAUAGUGAAGUGUGUCCCCAGUGCUACUAUUACCAAGCCAAGCCAAGUGUGUGAGUGUUCGCGGGCCAAGAAUAAGAAGAGCUCGGAGGCCGACUCGGAGAAAAAGUUUGAAAAGUGUCAAGCGGGCGAACGAACGGCCAAUAACCCAGCGACUACCAACUGGUAACUGGCAUGCAAUGCGGCCAGGCGACCCCGACGGGUUAAUUACCGUUAUCCUUGCACACCAACAACACCAACUGAAACAACAACAACAACUGCGAGUGCAGCCACUAAACGGUACUCAAGUUGUGGAUUACGUAUACGCCGCGGUGUCGUCGCGCUCGUCGUCGUGUGAAAGGACAACAGCAACAACUGCAACAUCCACGGCAGCAACAUCUGCAACAUCAGCCAUAAAAGCCGCAUUGAACACAAGGCAAAGUCAAGUGAGCAUUCCAAUUGGAAACGCAUCCGGCUAAUUGGCUCACCGGGAAAUCGAAACAAGAGAACCGUAGAAAGACAAACACAACAGAAAGGCAGAAAAGAGUCCGGAGCCGGCGAAAAUCCCUUCACCAUGAUGCCAGCCAAAGCGGAGCUGCAAUAGAAACGUCGGCGAUAACUGGCAAUCGGAGAGAGUCAAAGGAUUACAUCCCCCGGAGCACACCCCUCCGGCCCAAACCCAUCCCCGUUGCACCACCCGGAAAACUCAAGGAAAAUGCCAUCCGUAGGAAAUAACAGCAACGGUGGCGGUGGCAACGAUGUGCGUCUCAGUUACGUUGUAAAUCAAGUUGCAUCCGUAUCUGUAUCCGUAUCUGCCUCCGUAUCCGCACCCGACCCGGCAUCCGCAUCGGCGUUCCCCACUUUUAGUCCGCCGCGGAUUGAGAGCCUGGUGGCCAGCUCGUCGGCGGAGGAUUUAAGCAGCUUCGGCGACGUGACAUUCGACAUCUUCGACGACGAUGACGACUUGUUUGGCUCCCCGAUGGCCUUCGAUGCCAGCGAGCAGGGCUUGUGGAACGGUCGCUUCGUCCCGCCCCCGCCCCGCCCUCCAUUCUUUGUGGACGAACCGGUGCUGAGCGACGGCCUGACCACAUGUGAUUUAUGCUCCUGGGCGAUGCCCACCAAGAGCACAUUCAUGUUCGAGGGCACGAUAGAAAAGGCCACGGAACUGGGCUGGCCGCUGACGUUGAUCAUCGUGUCCGUGUUGUCGGCGCUGCUAGGCGCCAUCAUCAUGAUUGCUGUGGUGCGCUGCCGGCGCAAAAAGUCCUCAAAUAAUCGCAACGACACGCACGUGCAGUGGUGGUCCCGCAACAAGCGCGCCCACGGCAACGGACUGAAUGGUGCGGGCGUGGCCGGUGGUGCGGCGGGAGCUGCUGGAGGCGCUCACCUCAACCACCACCUGAACCACCACAGUGGCAGCAGCAGCACCAUAAACAACAACCACCUGAGGAGGAGCAACAUCUACACAGCCCACCCGGCGGACAGCAUACGGGGCCUGCAACCACUGCCUCUGCCUCUGCCCCACCUGCCGUCGGGAGGAACAUCGCCCGCGUCUGUCUCGCCACCUGCCCCGCAGCACCAGCAGCAUCUGCAGCAGCCGACGAACCAUUAUUUCCACCCAUACCAGCAGCAACAGCAGCAUGUGCACCACACUCAUACACAUUCGCACCACCACCAGCACCCCACGCACCACCAUGUGCCGCUGUACCCGCUGGACUGCGACGAGGAUGCCGCCUACGAGGAGCCGGAGUACCACCAGCCACAGGACCUCCACUCCGCGAACAGCAGCAGCUCGUUGUCCACGGCAGGAUCGUCGCCCCUGCCACCACUGGAUGGGGGAGGAGCCACCGGCAGUGGGGCGGGUAACCACUGGCCACCAGCUGCUGCCACAGCCACAAUGGUGAUAGCCAGCUGAGAACAGGGCCAGGACUGCUCCUGGAUCUGGGAGCAGUGAUGGAGAAAGGGAAUGCUUUCUGAGCCCACUUAAGAUGCAGCGCACAUGGGCGGUGCAGAUCAUAAAGGGGAUUACACGUAACAAUUUUGUGAAGUUUAUUUUUUCCAGUUCAUCCAAGGACUCUUCCCGUCCGCCCUGUCCCGACUCACUGCCUGCGUGUGUGUGUGACUAUGGCUGUUGCUGUGUUUGUGUCUCCAAUUGGGAAAACCGAAACGAAUUUAGUGUCACUUCCGUUUCCGUUUCGCAAACUAUCGAACCAGACAGGACGGCGGGAGGAUGUGAGAGGGUUAGGUGGAAUGGCUGUGGUAUGUGGCACAUUCCAGAUACCCGGGCACAUGCUCUUUACAUGCCAGCCACGUUUUAUCCUUUAUUGCCGCUCGGCAUUAGAACUGGGAUUUUGUCGGAUUAAAGCAAAUAAAGGGCGUGCUUUCUGUUUGCACCCAACUGGCAACUGCCGAUGAUGCCACAAGUUUAAAUCGGAGCAUCCUCGAAACUUUUUUCGGGGCAUGCCAGGAUGGGUCUCCCUUUGAAAUAAAAGCCAUGAGUGAGCUCGCUAAAAGCAAAAUGUGCAAAUAUUUUAUUUGCCAUAAUGAUAGUGGAAGGAAUAUACCCCCGAAUACCCUUU